AUGGAGCCGGUGAUUCGUCCAGGCCUAGUUGAUGCAUCUGUUCUACGCUUGCAGACUUCCCAUAGGAGCCACGAUGUUUGGAGUGGCGUAGCUGAUAGAGUUCUCUCAGUUAGGGAGCAUAUGGUCAGCGUGGGACGUGAGUGGAGGGUAGAUGGCGGAGUACUAGAGUACGUUAGGCUUGCUGGGUUUUACGGUGUAGAUAGGAUUUUGGGAGGAGGGUUUUUGCUUGAUCGAUCUCUUCUUACGGCGUUGGUUGAGAGGUGGAGGCAGGAGACACAUACUUUCCACCUAGUGGUAGGUGAGGCCACCAUUACUUUACAGGAUGUCUCCGUCCUGUUAGGUCUGAGAGUGCACGGCCCUCCUGUCAUUGGACCUCCAUUUGAGGGAUGGCAUGACCUAGUUGAGGAGUUGCUGGGAGUUCGACCUGGCCCUGAUGAUAACGGUAAGCCGUUUCUGGAGGGAUCUACUUUGGAGUUGACGUGGCUCAGACGUCACUUCUCACAGAUGCCAGAGGGAGCUGAUGACUUGACAGUUCAGCGCCAUAGCCGUGCUUACAUUCUCACUCUCAUGGGAUCUAUUCUGUUCGCCGACAAGAGUGGCGAUGCUGUGUCACUCUACUACUUGCCGUUCCUUCGAGACUGGGAGACAGCUUCGACCUACAGCUGGGGGAGUGCGACUCUUGGUUUUUUGUAUCGGCAGCUAUGUCGAGCAUGUCAGCGAGAUUCAAGACAGAUUGGAGGCCCGCUCAUCCUACUACAGUUGUGGUCGUGGGAGCAUAUUACAAUUGGCCGACCAUACAUUAGGAGGCCUCGAGAUCCGCCACAGGAGGACCCUGAGGCUGAGGAUGAGGAUGACAUUUUGGGGACUCAGCAUCAGCGAGGUGUUGACCCUUUGGCGUGCAGGUGGUUACGUGUCCAUCUAUCGUGUGCGCAUACUGCUUCUGGACUACCAUACUACAGAGAUGCGUUUGACCAUCAGCGCGAGGACCAGAUGAUUUGGCAGCCAUAUACUGAGGCGGUGAUGGAUCGACUUCCGGAGAUUUGUCGCUCAGACAUGCACAUUUGGCGUUCACGGGCACCUCUGAUAUGCUUUGACGUCGUUGAGUUCCACCUCCCAGACCGAGUCCUUCGUCAGUUCGGGUUAGACCAGCCGAUCCCACAGGAUGUAGACACGGACGUUGCUCUACACAGGAAGGAUCGAAGGGGACAGCGUAAUUGAGAGAUUCGGCAUUCGGACCAUGUACACGAGUGGAGUCGACGAGAGGCAUUAGUCGUCCAGGGAUACCCGUUCACUGGGACUUCUUCCCCGGCCAUGACAGAGUACAUGGCUUGGUACCGUCGCAUCACGAGACUGGUCAUUACUCCACCUUCGCAAGAGC